AGCUGGCCGCGGCUGUCUGGUGCCAGUGACAGUACGACGCACGCGCACGAGCAGCGGCGGGAGGCGCGCUUCUCACGGACCAACACUCUGUUGGUGUAAGGGGUUCCGUGUUUGAUGAGCAGGAACUGACCUAAAAGACGGCCGCUGAAAGGGAAGAAAUGUGACGUACCAAAGGGGGCAGGGAGUGUGGCGGUGUAUACAAGUCUGUGCUCCCAUUCAUGCAGAGUGUAUACCAGCCCUCGCCGACAGCCAAGCCGUGCUACAUCAUCGCCAAAACACCAAGCUCUGUUCCCUCAGGCUGAUAGAAAGGGUUGUGACCCUGUACGGUAGUAGCCACCAUGGCAGAAGCGCAUCAGGCGGUGGCCUUCCAGUUCACCGUUACUCCCGAUGGUAUUGACCUACAGCUGUGCCACGAGGCUCUACGCCAGAUCUACCUCUCUGGCCUACACUCCUGGAAGAAAAGAUUCAUUCGCUUCAAGAAUGGGGUAAUGACUGGUGUGUACCCGGGAAGCCCUGCCGGCUUCAUGGUAGUGGUUGUGUCAUACAUGUCCUACAAUAAAUAUAAACAGCUGGAUCCCUCUCUGGGGUUGAUUGCCAAGCUUGGCCAACACAUACCUAUCAGCCGAUAUAUGUCCACAGACAGCCAGAGGAUAGUUGGAGGAGUUCUGGUGGGCACGGGCCUGUGGGUCACCAUAAUCAUGAUCAUGAGGAAUGUCCUAAAGUCCCUGUUGUCGUGGCACGGCUGGAUGCAUGCACGUCAUGGCUCUGUGUCCUGGUCUACUCGUCUGUGGAUGUUAUUAGUGAAGGUGUUCUCUGGCAGGAAGCCAAUGCUCUACAGUUUCCAGAACUCCCUGCCACGGCUACCCGUUCCCUCUGUCAAGGACACCUGCAGAAGGUACCUGGAGUCAGUGCGCGCACUGAUGGAUGACGAGCAGUACGAACGGAUGAAGGGCUUGACAAAAGACUUUGAGAAGAACCUGGGACCCAAGCUGCAGUGGUACCUCAAACUCAAGUCGUGGUGGGCUUCCAACUAUGUCAGUGACUGGUGGGAAGAGUAUAUUUACCUCAGAGGCCGUGGGCCCAUCAUGGUCAACAGCAACUAUUAUGCCAUGGACUUCCUGUAUGUGUUCCCUACCUCCAUCCAGGCUGCCAGGGCAGGUAAUGCCAUCCAUGCCAUCAUGCUCUAUAGGAGAAAACUGGACAGAGCCCAGAUCAAACCAAUAUACUUGCUGGCGAACAAGGUUCCUCUGUGUUCGGCUCAGUGGGAGCGGAUGUUUAACACCACCCGCAUCCCUGGUUUGGAGACAGACAUCCUUCAGCACAUGAAUGAGAGCAAACACAUAGCUGUGUUCCACAAGGGCCGUUUCUUCAAGGUGUGGAUGUUUUAUGACGGGCGGCUGCUGUUGCCACGGGAGAUAGAGCAGCAGAUGGAGAGGAUCUUGGCGGACAAAUCGGAGCCCUUGCCAGGAGAAGAGAACCUAGCCGCACUUACUGCAGGGGACAGGACCCCAUGGGCAAGAGCCCGUGAAACCUACUUCAGCCGUGGUAAGAACAAGCAAUCUCUGGACGCCAUUGAGAAGGCAGCCUUCUUUGUAACCCUUGAUGACACAGAGCAGCGCUUCGAGCCAGACAAUCCAGUGAAGUCUCUGGACAGUUACGCCAAGUCCCUGCUCCAUGGAAAGUGCUAUGACAGGUGGUUUGACAAAUCCUUCAACCUGAUCGUGUUUAAGAAUGGCACCAUGGGGCUGAAUGCAGAGCAUUCCUGGGCAGAUGCUCCAAUCAUUGGUCAUUUGUGGGAGCAUGUACUCUCCAUGGACCCUGUUAAGCUGGGAUACACUGAGGAUGGUCACUGCUGUGGGGAGCCCCAUCCCAACCUGCCAGGUCCUCAGAGGCUGCAGUGGGACAUCCCUGCUGAGUGCCAGGACACCAUCCAAAGCUCUCUGACAUUAGCCAGGACUUUGGCGGAUGAUGUGGACUGUCACAUUUUCCCCUUUGAUGACUUUGGAAAGGGUCUGAUUAAGAAGUGCCGCACCAGUCCUGAUGCCUUCAUCCAGAUCGCCCUGCAGCUGGCCCAUUACAGGGACAAAGGGAAGUUCUGCCUGACAUACGAAGCCUCCAUGACGCGUCUGUUCCGUGAGGGCCGAACAGAAACCGUGCGCUCCUGCACGAUGGAAACCUGUGCCUUCGUUCGUUCCAUGAUCAGAGAUGAGACGAGAGAGGAGCGCCUCAAGUUGCUCAAAAUGGCAGCAGAGAAGCACCAAAACAUGUACCGCCUGGCUAUGACAGGACAGGGCAUCGAUCGCCACCUUUUCUGCCUCUAUGUGGUUUCCAAAUACUUGGGAGAAGAUUCACCUUUCCUCAAAGAGGUCCUGUCUGAGCCAUGGAGGCUGUCUACCAGUCAGACUCCUCUGCAGCAGGUUGAGCUGUUUGACCUGGUCAGACACCCAGAAUAUGUGUCCUCUGGAGGUGGAUUUGGUCCGGUGGCUGAUGAUGGCUAUGGUGUCUCCUACAUCAUUGUUGGUGAGAACCUCAUCAACUUCCACAUCUCCAGCAAACACUCAAGCCCAGAAACUGACUCGCACCGCUUCGGCGCCAACAUCAAACAGGCCAUGCUGGACAUUCUGGAUCUAUUCCAGCUUGAAAAGAAAGCUAUGUGAUUGCCCUCUACAUGAGUGGAAAAACAUAAGCAAGACAUAUAUUCCUCCUGAAGCUUGUACAGAAUCAAAUGUUGGAUUUUGGGUUAUUUUAAGUUAAUUGAUGUUACAGGAGUAAGGAUGAUUGAGAGGUAUUUAGAAACAUUACCGUUAAUGUUUGUGAGGCAUUUAUGUGUACUGUAUGUAUAGGCAGGGUGAGAUUCUGGUGGUAUUGGGUACAGGUAGUGCACAGAUCAAAGUUUUUAUUUAUGGAACUGUACACACCGGUGCCUUAGUGACUCACUAAUGUAAAAAGGGCAGAAAGGGAGGAGAUAAGAAAAUAAGAGCUGCACCAGUCUAAUAUCAAGUCUGUAUUACCACAAUAAGAAACAUUUCAGCUAAAGGAUUGUUCAGUAGCAUCACCUGAUAUUUAAAUCACGUUUUUAAAUUGAGAGAUGGUGCAAUAUUUUUGCUAGUUUUUGUCCCUGUUUUGCAAAUUCCAUGAAUACUUUAGCUUUGUUUUUAGAUUUCCUGUAGUCUCCUCAGUUGCAGCACCUGAGUCACAUGUCACUGGCCAAAGCAACAAACCUGAUGUACAAUAUCCUAACAAAUAGCCUGUUGUUUGGUGUCCAUUAAUUUCAUAUUGCUUAGUUUAAAUACUGAGUCUGAUUCUACAGGCUGAAGAGUUGUAUCCAGUAAUCUUAUACCUGCUGAAGCUUUUAGGAGUGAAACUGUUGAUCUGUAAUUACGAUUAGAAAUAUUCAGCUUUGAUCUGCAAAGUGACCCUGUACCAACAAAUGGAUCUACAUUGCCUUUCUGACUCAAGUGUGCAGUCAGUGUGUUUGUUCUUUUUAGCUGCUAUGAUUUUAUAAUGUAGCGACGAAGGCAGAUCAUGUUUAUAUGUGCGUGUUUGUUGUUUUCACACUCAGGUUUUACUAACUUGGCCUAGCAUGCUGUGGUGCUGGCUGCAGCAUUUGAAGAUUAGCGCUUAUGUUGGCGUGUAUAUGUGCAACAGUAGAAGAAGCCGAGAUGCAGUACAAUGCCAUGUGACCCCGACGAGUUGGUGGGUAGUGUAACAGGUUGCUGUUGAAGUGAGGGUUUGCCAGGACAGGGUGUGUCUGGGGUGAAUGUGACAAAGUGUGACAUUUUUCCAAUUUCUUGUGUUUAAAAGAGUGGGGAUAACUGUACUUUAAACUCUGUUGUUCACUCCAUGACUGGUCUUUUAGUUCAAAAUAACCAAUCCAAUUCCUAACUACCAUGGUAGCUUUUUCUGAGAUCAAGAUGAGUUCUAAACUUUUAUCAGCAAACUGUCAAGUUGUCAGUUGCAUUAUAGUGGUGUUUCAGCUGUUGCUGCCUAGUCACGUUGAGGUGCAGAAUUGCUUAGUGGGUUGUUGUGUCUCUCCAAUACAGUAGGAAAUCAUUGUUUCUCUUGGAGUAAUGCUUAUGUAAGAAGGGCAGAGGGGCUAUCACAUGUAGGAAUGCAUCUUUAUUAUUAUGUAUAUGUUGUCAGUUCAUCAUAUUAUUUAUUUUUUUUCCAUGUUUUAACCUCUUUAUUCACACAGCAAACAGUUUGAAACAUGUAUUUACUAGCUGAAUGCGGCGAAUGACAAGCACUAAGUUAAAGCUUUGCUGAUUUAUGAAUUGAAACAGACAAAAUGCUUCCUUUUUUUGACAGUUUUAUUAUCACAGACUUUGCCAGUAUGUUGUAGUUGUAUGACUUUUUAUCCCAGUAGACCUCAUGUUUACACUGCUGCAUGGUUUUUGAAGAUGAAGCUGUAUAUGUUUGCCUUUAAUUUAAAGAUGUGUAAAAAGAAAAGCAGCUGAUAUACCAAAACAAGUUUUAACAAUAAAGUGAAUGUCUGACAGCUGUA